AUGGCCAAGGGGCCACCAAUAUUCCCGCGUCUCUCGCUUCUUUUUCUAAUAUGUUCGGCCUGUGCAUGGAUUGGAAAUGGGGCAGCAUCCGGGCCGGUGCCAGUGGCGAUAGGAGUCGAAAACGGGCAGGAUAUCAGCCAACAACAAUUUGAACAGCCCGAACCACCACCAGCAGCCCAGGCCGUCCAAAACGAAUACCAACCCACCAUCACACCACCCCCAACCCUCCUCCCCCGACAAGGCCCAGACCAAGGCCAAAUCCAAGCCCUCAGCAACCAACUCCAACAAGUCUCCUCCCAAUUCCGCUCCGUCAGCCAAGCCAGCCAGGCCGUAAGCCAAGCCAGCCAGUCCGUAAGCCAGGCCAGCCAACAACUCAGCCAAUCCCUCCAACAAGCCACGCAAUCCUUAUCCCAGGCCUCCCAACGCCUCUCCCAAACCUCCCUCCAACUCGCCAGCCUCUCCUCCGCCUCCCGGUCCCUAUCCCAGUCCGCAGCCGACGCCUCCCGCAGCGCCAGCCAGGCGCUCGAAGCCAACAUGGCUAGCGUCAUCCAGCAGAUGGGGGUGAUGAGCGCCAGUUUCUCGAGUGCGUUGCGCAGUGCGCAGGAGAGUGCGGCUAGUGUUGCGCGGGUGGCGCAGGAUCGGGCGGAUGAGCAGGUGCAAAUGGCGCAGGGGGCUGCGUUGUCGGUUACGCAGACGGCGUUGGCGGUCGUUGGGGGGGUGGUGGGGUCUUCGGUUGUUACGGCGGUGGUUGUUGUGUUGGUUUUGAGGAGGAGGGGGAAGAGGGGGCGGAGGGGGAGGAGGGGUGGUGGGCAGGCUCGGGGGGAUAUUGGGUUUCCGAAGCUUACGGGCACGUCGAAUAAGGCGUACUCUGUGGCGUCGUCGGACGCAGCGUCGAUGGAGUUUAAGGAAAAGGGGUAUUACGCCCGGGAUAAUAAGGACGAUGGCGAUGGUGGUGGUAACGACGACAGGAGCAGCACGUACAGCACCGACGAUAACGGCGUGCGGUUUUCGUCCGCUGGCGCUGCUGUGAUCCAGCAACCGCCUCCAGCCAUGACUACCAACUCUGCUGCUGCUGCUGCCUCUUCCACGACGACAGGGAUACCGCGAAAGGAGGUCAACACCAAUCCAGCUGUCGGACAAGCAGUGGGGUAUGCAGUCGGGUACUACGCUCGGCGGGUAUCCAACGCUGUCAAGGGGGGCCAGCAGAAACCCAAGUUCCAGCUGGGGAACCCACCACCACCGAGGGAGAAAGCGGCAUCAGCAGCAGCGGGAGUAGCAGGGCCGACAACGGGAGCGGACACAACGAGUGGAACAAAAACCGGUGAUGAGGCCACGAACGGGAAAUUCACCCUCUUCCCCAGCCCGCAGUUCAAUUUCAAUCUAACCCCCAACAACAACAACAACAACAACAACAACAACAACAACAACGGCACCACCAACAACGAACCACCCGCUCCCACAACUAUAACCAAAAGGGGGUUGUCGUCACCGUUGUCGUCAUCUCUGUCGCCGACGUCGUCAGCUGGUGGAGCCACAUCCACAACAGCUGGCGAGGUUCGGAAAGUGGGCGUGGGCGUGGGCAUGGGGAUUCCUUCGACGUUAUCAUCGUCGAUGGUGGUACCCGGGCCGGGGCAGCGGUUAGGACAGGGGCGUGGGAUUGGGGGGUUGGGGGGAUUGAUGACGACGGGGGGGGAUAGUAGUAAUCGUAAUAUUGGUGGUGGUGGUGGUGGCGGUGGGAGUAACCCCAGGGUCAAUACCAACCGCUACAGCAACGACGACGACAUCAGCGGCCGAGGUUUCAUCCCCACACUCGAGCGCUGGCUGCGUGAUGGGACGGAUGUGAGUCCCUUCUCGACGCUGCAGAAGCAGGAGAAGGGGGCCGGGGCGACCCGAACUGGUGUUGCGAGAUGA